GUAGAAUUUGCGAGCAGUGAGACCGGGCUUUGGGUCAGAAACAGGAGCUCCAUGAGCCAAUGACUGUCUCCAUAACUCUCCUCAAUGGUUUGUCAGUGUUGUGGGACGCAGUCUGCUGAAGUUACUCUUCCUGCAGAGUUACAGUUGUCCCAGUGAUGUGAGCCGGCGUAUGACAACAAAGCAGACAUGUGGACGGAAGGCUGAGGCUCGGGGCUCCCCCACUCCUCUCUGCACCGCUCAGUUAGAUUGCAGUCCCAGCUGUAAAGAUGACAUCUGCCACACCUCCAUCCUCUCGUAGCUCCUCCCCUCAGAAGGUGUGCCACUCCCAAACACAGACUGAUGUUUUAAAGCCCUUACUGGGUGGUGGCUUAUCCGGUGGGGGUGGGACUCUGAGGAAGAGGAGGCGUGUCCUGUCCAAAGAUGGGCGUAGCAACGUGCGCAUCGAGCACGUCAGCGGCCGGAAUGCUCUGUACAUGCGGGACCUCUGGACAACAUUUCUGGACAUGCAGUGGCGCUACAAGUUGUUCCUGUUCACGGCCACGUUUGCGGGGACCUGGUUCCUGUUCGGGGUGCUGUGGUAUCUGAUGGCACUGGUGCACGGAGACCUGCUUGAGUUCGACCCCCCGUCGAACCACACCCCCUGUGUGAUGCAGAUGCAGACCCUGACGGGGGCUUUCCUCUUCUCCCUGGAGACCCAGACCACCAUUGGUUAUGGUUUCCGUUGCAUCACUGAGGAGUGUCCCGCAGCCAUCAUCCUCCUCAUUGUCCAGCUCGUCAUCACCAUGCUGAUGGAGAUCUUCAUCACUGGUACCUUCCUGGCCAAGGUUGCUCGGCCAAAGAAGCGAGGUGAGACGGUGAAGUUUAGCCAACAUGCUGUGGUGUCGACCCAUGAAGGCCGACCCUGCCUGAUGAUCAGGGUGGCCAACAUGCGCAAGAGUCUCCUGCUCGGCUGUCAGGUGAAUGGAAAACUGCUCCAGACAUCUCUGACCAAGGAAGGGGAGACGGUUCGUCUGGACCAGAGGAACGUUCCCUUCCAAGUGGACACGUCUAGCGACAGCCCCUUCCUCAUCCUGCCCCUCACCUUCUACCACCUCAUUGAUGACAACAGCCCCCUGCGAGCCUGGGCAGACAAGGGUGGAGGCUGGACAGAUCCAGAGUUGGCAGACUUCGAGCUGCUGGUCAUCAUGAGCGCUACAGUUGAGCCGACCUCGGCCACCUGCCAGGUUCGCACCUCCUACCUGCCCGAUGAGAUUCUCUGGGGUUAUGAGUUUCCACCUGUAGUCUCCCUUUCCCCAUCAGGGAAAUACGUAGCGGACUUUGCCUUCUUCGACAAAGUGGCCAAGACCAAGACCACGCCCGUCUUCAAAACAUCCAGCCCCCAGCAUGGGUACCAGAGCAACGGGGGUGCUGUGUCUGAGGGGUCCGAUCCAGAGAAGAUCCGUCUGGAGCAGAGUUACAGGGAGAGAGGGGAGGAACGUGGCCGUGUCAGAGACACUCCUCUCAGUGUUCGCAUCAGCAAUGUGUGAACAGAUGAAAUGGUUGAGAAGGGAGCGUGUCAUAGAGAGCAACACGCAGGAGACAGCCAAGUGCAAUGUCAAUAGCAAAUGAAUCAAACAUCAUCAUAACAACUCUGGAGUCUUUUUAGACUUUUGAAAGAUAUCUAUUUCCCAGUAGCACCAAAUGAUGCAGAAAGGAAAUAUGGAAGACUAGGGACUACUGUAUGGUAUACUUCAAGUUUGUCAUUGUUAUACAUUUGCUGGGAUGACUCAUGUUUUACACUGGUUUGACUGUAUUCAUGUGACAGCAUAACUGCAACUACAUUUUACAUUUGAGUGAUGCAAGCGCACAUGCACCUCACACUUUAGGGGUGGGUAUCGGUACUCAAUCCCUUUAAGGUAUAGAUGGUAAUAUCCCAGUACCAAGUGAUGUUGAAACUUCUCUCCGGUCAAACAAUGCCGAGAUUUGAUCCGUUUUGUACCUAGAUCUAGAAAAAAAUAGAAUUUGUAUGGUUUUUCUCGCAGCCAACCACCACAAGUGUUCUUCGAUUUACUGCGACAUGUGAUGGUCCCGCUGCUGCAGCAGCUAUGGCGGGUUUGUGUGGCACACAACUGGAAGCUUCCGUUCACAUGAUGUGGAAAAAAGGUAUCAAGGGAAGUCUUUUGGUAUCUGUAUCACUUUAAGGGAAGUGGUAUGUAAUUGUUUUUAUUGAUAUCCAGUCCUAUCAAAUAUACUGUAUACCCUUUUCUAACUAAGAAAAUAACACAGCAGGUUAUUUAUUUGCAAAGAAAUAAACAUAAAAAAGAUACAAAACUGAAGAAAACAAGCAGAGGAGACAAUGGAAAUCCCAGUUGUCUAUUUUGGGUCCUCCCCCGCUUACUAAAUGUUGAAUCACAAAGAGAAAAACUUGUGGGAGUCAAUAUAAGUGGGGUUUUCCAAUUUCAAGGGUUAACAGGGGACUGUAUGGUUGGUGUGAUAAGGGGACAGGAAACACUCACAGACAGGGUAAAACCUUCUAUACUUCCUCUAACAUGUGUGGUUAAUACACACAGUGUAUGUUCUACACAUUUAGAAGUCAUAUGAUGUUGAGUUUUAACUCGGGUUGCUUUUAUUACUAUAAAAAAAAAACACCAAUGAGUAAUGCUAUGCCAGUUCUUCAGUUCUUCUAGGACUU